AUGGACAAACAGUUGGCCAAUCCCAUCACCGAAAACCAGCUGCUCAAUGUAGUGAGAGAAAUAUGCGAUGAGUUAGUUACUGCAGAAAGAGAAUGCAUUGAUGUGGUGAAUUUCGUCUCACAAGUAGACCAAAUCGCGGGACUAUCGGAUGAACAGUGGAGCUUCUGCACCUCGUUGCACAGAACACUCCUCCACAAGCAUUUUCACUUUUUCAUUGCUUCUCAGCAUCCGGCAGCCAGCGCAAUCUUGAAAAGCCUGGCUCAAAACUACAAGAUGCCCGGACGCAUGUGGCGCUACGGAAUCUACUUCUAUCUGGAGCUGUUUCGCACAAGGCUCCCCAGCCCCAGUGUGCAAGACCAUAUGCUAGGCUUCAUAUAUUUCUCGUAUUCGAUGGUGACGCUUCUUCUAGAGCAGGUCUCCACAUUUGAAGAAAUCUGGACAGAAUGCUUGGGGGACCUAGCACGCUAUCGUGCUGCAGUGGAGAAUUCCGAUGAGACAGUCCGCCAUCACUGGGUAGACAUUUCCAGAGAUUGGUACAAUCAGGAUAUCGAUCAGUAA